AUGAUCGAGACGGCAACUCAGACGCCUGCAACCUCCCACCCUGCAGCGACAAACGGUCCCGAGACAGCAGCCACAUAUGACACAUCCCGCGUCGUCGUGCUGCCUCAGGGCAACACGCUCAAGAGCGCCAUGACCGUGAUGCGCGACUUGAGCACAGAGUGCCGGCAGUUCACCGAGACGGUCGAGAGGGUGUCGGACAUGUUGAUCAGUGCAGCAAUCGACAUGAUACCAACAGAGGACAUCCAGGUCCAGACACCGACAGGAGCCAAGUUUGCAGGGUCGAAACACACGACACCAGUCUGCGGGAUCAGCAUACUUCGCGCGGGCGCGAGUAUCGAGAACGCUCUGCGGAGGGUCUACCAGUCAGUUAAACCUUUAGGCCCCUUAUGCUUUGGCAAGAUACUCAUCCAGCGUAACGAGGAAACCAGCCUACCGCACUUUCUCUACUCCAAGUUUCCCUCAAAGAUCGAAUCAGCAACGGUCCUGAUUCUCGAGCCCAUGCUGGCCACCGGCGGGUCUGCCGCCAUGGCCAUCGAGAAGCUCAAGACGCUCGGCGGGGUCCCCGAGGACAAGAUCAUCUUUGUCAACAUCCUGGCCUCGCGGUACGGCGUGGCCAAGCUGAUGACCAAGUUCCCCCAGCUCAGGAUAGUCACUGCGGCGAUUGAUGAGGAGCUGACUGUGCCGUCGAACCAUAUCAGCCCUGGUCUUGGAGACUUUGGCGACCGCUUCUACGGAACCGUGGGUUGA